AUGUGUGCAUUAGUCCCUCCAUUGUUCCCAAACUUUGGGUGGCCGUCGACGGCAGAGUACGAGAGCUACUACCUCGCCGGAGAGAGCCUCAACAACGUUAACGGCACGUUUCUUGACUCUCCGGUACCAGAGACUUAUGGAGUGGCGGCUUAUGAUCAUCAGAACAACUUAGGAGUUUCUCUUUCGUCGGAGCGAAAUGGAAUAGACAACAAUCCGGUCGUGAAGAAGAAGCUUAAUCAUAAUGCUAGUGAGCGUGAUCGUCGCAAGAAGAUCAACUCUUUGUUCUCAUCUCUCCGUUCAUGUCUUCCAGCCUCAGAUCAAUCGAAGAAGCUAAGUAUUCCUCAAACGGUUUCGAGGAGCUUGAAGUACAUACCGGAGUUGCAAGAGCAAGUGAAGAAGCUAAUACAAAAGAAGGAAGACCUCUUGGUGCUGUUAUCAUCGGGUCAUAGAGAUGUUGCUAAGCCGGAACCAAAGGCGGUGGCGAGUUAUAUGUCAACCGUUUCUGCGACUAGGCUUGGAGAAAAUGAAGUGAUGGUCCAAAUCUCAUCGUCCAAGAUUCAUAACUUUUCGAUAUCUAAUGUGUUGAGUGGGUUGGAAGAAGAUGGUUUUGUUCUUGUGGAUGUUUCAUCUUCAAGGUCUCAAGGAGAAAGGCUCUUCUACACUUUGCAUCUUCAAGUGGAAAAUUUGGAUGUUUAUCGCAAAAUGAAUUGCGAAGUGUUGAGUGAAAGGAUGUUGUACUUGUACGAGAAAUGUGAAAACUCGUUUAGGUGA